GAUCCAUCGAUGCAUUCCAUGCCAGCCGUAACGCCGUCGCGAAAUCAAAAAUGGCUUGCCUGCCAAAGUAUGGACAACAAAAUCGUCACAUUCUCGGCGUUGAAUAGAUUCAAAAUGAAUCGAAAGAAAACCUUCACGGGACACAUGGUCGCUGGAUACGCGUGCGGUUUAGAUUUCUCUCCAGAUAUGAGCUACUUGGUGUCGGGUGAUGCAGACGGAAAAUGUUACAUAUGGGACUGGAAAACAACGAAAUUGUACAAAAAGUGGAAAGCACAUGACGGAGUAUGUAUCGACGUACUGUGGCAUCCGCACGAGCCUUCUAAGCUCGUUACAGCUGGUUGGGACGGAAAGAUCAAAUAUUGGGAUUAACGGAUCAAUACUUGGUUUUUCAAUUUUAAAGCUGUAUUUUGUAAGAGUGUUUUUUUUAUUUUUUAGAAUAAAAUGUACAUAUAUGUAAUAAGUAAUUUAUUUUAAUCGUGGGAGAUCUGCUUUUAUUUCUCAAUCCUUUCGUCCCGUUCACGCGAAUUCCUUAUCCAAUCUCAACAAAUGUAUCAUCAGUGUAUAUAAAAUCCGACUUCAAUUGUAUUUUAGUUUCACAAGGCAUAUAUAACGUGUAUAUCUGCAUAAAAUUUGUCGUUUAUUAUAAACUGUAUAUUAUUGCGAUUAGUCGGAUCAUUAUUUCGCGCGCGAUAAAUUUCUCUAUUGAAAAACGACAGGUAUCGUGCAAGAUAUUUUUUUACAUAUACUUCUCUUCCUUUUUGUUGAAAUAUUUCUUUCUUAUUUUAAUUAAUUACGUGAAUAAGUUAACAUGAAACAAAAAUCUUUUUUAUUUGAUAAAAGAAAUUGGUAAACUAAAAGAUAUACUUUAUCCUUUAUAUCCAUUUAAUACUACUGUAAUUUGUAUGGCAAAAUAUUUUCGACAUACAAGUGUGCAUUUUUAUAAAUUGAAAACCACUUAAUAUUGUCAGUGUCACACUCGUAAUUUGUGUAAAUUUCUGUUAUUUCAUUUUUUGACAUGACUAAUAAGACUUUGAAGUGCUUGUAUCUGUAAAUUCCAUUAAUAUAUAUAAAAAAUAGUUUUGCAGAAUUUCAUUACAGCUCAUAUCAUUUUCUUGUAAAAUAUUGAAUUUGUUAUUUUUUUCUCCUAAAUUCUAUAAAAAUUCAAUGCACUCAAAUUCAAUUCACUCUCCGCGAAAAAAAAAAUAUAUAUUAAUAAUGCUUAAAAAUAUAUGUAUCGUAUAAAAAUAAAACUGUAUAUUAAUUAUUGACUGUAAAAUAAAAAAGAAUGCACAUAAUCAGAAUCGUUAAGUAUAUGAAAAAUUUCGCGGAAUCUUGAAGAUGAUGGACGGACCCGGAUUAGGAUACUCGUAUCACCUUCCAUCUGCUGGUUGGAAUCGCAAGGUCAGGAACGCAUUGUCACAGUUCAGUGACCUCUUUAGCGAAUUUAACAAGUACAUCGCGCCUGCUUAUCAUCAUGAUCGCUGCGAGAGAUCCGUGCAGAUGCGAUUGUAUUCGAUGCACAAGAGGGAAUUUGUUAUGGUAUUCGUUGCCUUUUUUGCGUGUUUUGGAUUAUCGGUGUUUAUCGGCCUCGCCGGACCGCCUAUAACGUCGACCAGCGAACACAAAGAGCAUCUGAACGGCAACGAUAUGGCCACCGGUCCAUUCAUUAUGAAGACACCUCUAUUGUCUACGUAUAGCCAACAAUUAUGGGUAAUCGUCAUGCUAUCGACAUCGAAUAAUGAUGGUAAUAUAUGAUUUUCAUUUGAACUAAUAGUGGAAAACGUUAGGACGAUAUAUAAAUCGAUAAUUAAAAUAGGAUAAUUACCUCGUUUAUUUUUUUCACGGUAAAUUUCUUGCUAAAUUCAGUUUAUUGAAGUAUGUUAACCUUUUUUUUCUACUCUAUCACGAGAAUAACAUAUAUUCAUUAAAAUAGUACAUAUUGAUGUUUAUAGUA